CUUUCUAAUGAUAACGUCUCUCUCUCCGUGUAUCGUCAUUUGCACGGGAACUUCCUCCCUCAUCUUUCAUGCGCUUCUUCACCUCUGCGCGCAGAAACCCGUGAUUGCAAAACUUCUGUGCGUGACCAUCACCCAGACCAUGGGAACAUGACGCGAGCAUGGCGAUGUUGGCAGAACACGACUCCCGUGUUGGCCCAUGCCAUCCGUCGUCCCUUUUCUUCGACGUCGGCGAGACGUGAAAUCCGCGAUAUAGCAGAGUUGCCAUCAAGAACCUAUCCACGAUAUCAAGAAACGAGUAAUCAUGAAUUGCUCGCCCUCGGAUGGUCCUCUCCCAUCCGCAACAUCCUCCUCGUGCGCAAGGAGAACGACUCGACCGUCGACGAAGCGCUCAUCGAAUACGCCAACCACAUCCACUCGACCUACCCCAACGUCGCCAUCAUCUUCGAACCGCAAGCCGCGCGACAGCUCCACGGGUCCUUCCCCUUCCCGGUCUACACGUCGAACCACCGCGGCAGCAUCCACUACCACUCCAAGGUCGACCUGACCACCACCCUGGGCGGCGACGGCACCAUCCUCCGCGCCUCCUCGCUCUUCGCCACCGCCAAGAGCGUCCCGCCCAUCCUCUCCUUCAGCAUGGGCACGCUAGGCUUCCUGGGCGAGUGGAAAGUCCACGAAUACAAGCGCGCCUUCCGCGAAGUCUACAUGUCCGGCGCGCCGCACAACAAUCUGAACCCCAAGACCUUCUCCUCCUCUUCGUCAUCAUCGACAUCAUCGUCUCCAUCCUCUGGAGUCGUCGACGACGCACCCGGCUGGGACGACCUCCGCGGGAAAUCCCUCGGCGCCUCGCGGCCCGCGCGGAUCCUGCUCCGCAACCGCCUACGCGUCGGGCUCUUCGACACGGACGGGACUACGCGGCUCCCGCACGAGCCGCCGUUCGCGCACUCCAGCGACGACCCGGCGCGCGGCGAGGACGUCUUCGCGCUGAACGAAGUGCUCCUCCACCGAGGCGCAUCCCCGCACCUGGCGCACAUCACGAUCAAGCUGGGCCUCCCGGGCUCGCAGCGCACGCUCACGACGGCGAUCGCGGACGGGGUGCUGGUCAGCACGCCGACGGGGUCGACGGCCUACAGCCUGUCGAGCGGCGGGGCGAUCGUGCACCCGCUGGUGUCGUCGAUCCUGCUGACGCCCAUCUGCCCGCGGAGCCUGUCCUUCCGGCCGCUGGUGCUGCCCGCGCACGGCGCCGUCACGCUGUACAUCGAGGCCGCGAGCCGCGGCGAGGAGCUGGAGGUGUCGGUGGACGGGGUGCGGCGGCGGGAGCGGCUGCGGGCGGGCAUGGAGGUGCGGGUCGUGGGCGAGGAGGUGCGGUCGGAGGGCCCGCCGGGGGCGCGCGACUGGGCGCGGGGCGGGGUGCCGAUCGUGGUGCGGUCCGGGGGCGGCGGCGCCGCGGAGGGCGAGGACCACUGGGUCGGCGGGCUGAAUUCCCUCUUGAAGUUCAAUUAUCCCUUCGGGGAGGAGUGAAGGGGUUGAGAUAUCCCCUCCCUUGUUUUUCUUUUUCGGAAGAUGUGCGAUGAGAGGCCCGAAGGGAGACUUCCCCUACUCCGAUUGGGGAAAUCUAUUAUGAUGGGAAAAAGGGAGAGAGAGAGAGACAGAUGAUAAGAAUGAUAAUGAUACAUCGCGACGUCGUCGGAAGAGGCGGCCGCGGUGGUAGAUAGGUAGAUAGG